UGACGCCCCAUCUCAUGCAACUCAUGCUGUUAUCGACGUUUCAGCGGCGGCAGAUCUUCGUGUUACACACUCGCGCAUUUUGCAUCACAAGCUCGUGUGGAUGGAGUAAAUCUCACCAGGCAUCCUCCGUUGUCCUGUUGACUUUAUGAGCUUGGAUACCAGCUGGAUCUGAAAAUAGUCCCUCGAAUAGUCAGCCGUCCAUACAGCAGUGAACCGCUUACUCGGUCAGGAAGCUCAACCGGAACAAGAACUUCAGUAAGCAGGACGUGGAACGAAUGUGUUGCUCUGGACGAUGUAUGUGGUUUCAUGGACAGGCUACGGUCAUCACCCGAAUGGAUCGCCCAGUCAUUGUCGCUGCAUCUGGACUGAAAAAAUUGCACCAGACAGUAAUACAGAUAUGAUGACCGGGCGUUCUAUUCGGGUGCAGACGGUAGUCCCAGUUUCUAUGAUUCCUGAUUCUGCAGUGAGACAGUGAUAUGAUGGCAGCAAGCUGCAGAACUCUUCAAAGGGCGAUACCAUUGGGCAUCGUCCUUUGCGUUUUUGCAGCAAGCAGUUGCGAAGCUCAUGGCGAGGAUGAGUAUUCUUGUCAACGAUAUGGUGAACUCCAAAACUGCAGUCAAGAAGGCUGGCAAGUUCGCGGUCUUGGCACAUCCUUUUGUUUUUUGUUUUUUUUUGGGUCUUGGCGGCACAAUCUGCAUGCAUAGCGAACAAGAUGUGGGGUCUGGUGGUGGGUGAAGUACCCACACAAGAAUUUGCCGACGGUGUCGCUCUGGGCCGCGUGAAGGACCUCAUUGAUGAAGCUGCUUUUGUACAAAGAAGACAGUUACUUGAUCCUCCUGCGACGAACAAGUUCUUUCAGAAGAAACCUUAUUCUGUGCUUUGUACAUGGUUCGCACAAGCCUCUUUGAUGCCAUCAGCAGCUGUGCUCUUGGUCAUGAUGACACAUGUGACUCAAGCUCCAGGAGUACCAUCUGCAGCAGCAUUUGGGAUGGAAGCUUCCCUGGCGACGUCAGCAGCUCAAGGGAGCUUGGGAUCUAAAGCCUCAAACACCACAGAAAUGAGGCAGCCAUCAAUGAAGAAGGCCAUAUGGGUUGUGACCUUGACUGCACUUCUGGGCGUUAUUUUGGUCAUCGUGGUUUGGUUUGCCUCGAAGGUCAUUUGCAGCGUGCCAUCACCCGAUGCAAGAGAAACAGGUGAUGCAGAGAGCCAUCCGCUGCAGGGUACGUCCCCACCUUUGUCUGACAGCAGCAGCAUUCAACAGAAGAGUCCGCCAGAUUCUGGUGUCGGGGAAGAGAUUCUGAAGCGCUCUAUGUGUUCCUGUUCUUGCUGUUCUUCCAAGCAGGCGGCAGUUGCUUCACGUGCCCCUAGCAUGCGUAGGACGAAUCCUCUCUUUACUCGGGAAAGAAACAGGGAAGACCCUCCACCCACACAUAAUAUGCAUAACAUGCCUAGCUCUGACCAAGUAUCUGACCGAGAAGGAAACCAGAUGCACCCACAACCAAGUGCGUCAGGAAGUGGAAGAUGGUCGCCGCCCUUGGAGAGUGACACUGACGACCAGCCCCCGAUUCUUGCUCAGGUGAGCGUGAAAGAUCUGGUUCUCCAACGAUCUCUUUUGCACGGCCCAAAGGCACCAACUGCUGCCGACCCGAAAGGUCGCAGCUCACCCGUGAAGUCGCAGGCCCAAGUGAACAGUCUCUUUCAGCCAGGAGGCGGCCAAAAAAAUGAAGGUAAGCGUUCUAACGUUGUUGAAAUCCGCAGUGAGGUGGAUGGAGAGGCCUCCAAGGCAGUAACAUUGAAAUUGACUGGUGGGGCUGAUCAUGUAGCUCGAACGCCGGAGCUUCUGUCCAGUGAGCGAGCUGGGAUCCUAGGUAGGGAUGGCAGUGGUGUGCGAGGGAAGGCAUCGACCACUCAGCAGUCUGUCACAAUGUUUUUGCCGGAACCGUCCAAUAAAGUGGCAGAUGGACUGGCAAGCGGUGUGGGAAGGGGGGAGGCGUCUCCCGCUCAGGUUGUCAAUAUGGUUUUGGCUGAACCAUCCAGCCAAGUGGUAGAUGAACUGCCAACCAAGCUGCACAAGCAUUCUUCACCUCCUGAUCAGACUGACCCAUCUCGUCAUGGUGAACGGCCGCAUGCGCAUCCUGACCUGUCAUCGUCUUUGGAUUGGCAUUCAGUUGCCACUGAGGGUAAAAAUUCCACAGCUACCGCAGUCCAGCCAUCGCUGCAACCUAUUCCUGCACCGAGCGAUAGCUCUUCCUCAAAUACCCCUAAGGGUUUUCUCAGGUUCUCUCCCACCGAAAACAGUACUCCAUCCCGUUCUGCCGAAUCAGGUUCCAUUUCCUCCACGAUACGAAUGGAGUUGUCUGCUGAGCAAGUGGUUAUGGGAGAUAACUUCAGUGACGUGGAGGAAAGCAGCAAAACUACUUCUGGCCCAAGCCUUGAGUUUGCUGCAGUCAAAGCCAUCCUGGCAGCCACUUGUUCGGACAGUAAUACACUCGAGCCGAAAGACCAGACUGCAGACGGGGCAGAGGCGAGGGGCAGAGGCGGUGAUAGCUCCUCUGGCAGGGCAGAUGGGAGAGUCUCACGGUGACCCAAGAUGGAGCCACAACGGCUUGGAUCAUGGUACAUGAUUACCGUCUUCGACUCUUUGCCCAAAUAGAACAUAUGGUCAUUACAGUGAUUACACCCAUAUUUGGUGCAACUUUCAGUCUAGAUACAUGGAUAAUGACCGUAUGUUCUAUUCGGGGAAAGACGGCAGGUGGCCAGUUCACGCACCAUGACCCUUUAGCGAUAUAACCGACCUGCGGGGUGUAGGCGCUCUUUACUGUGCAGCUGCCCCAAGGGGCUUACAUUUUUCACAAGUAAACACCUCAUAGCUCU